AUGAGUUCUUCCAACCUGAACCCAGACGGAACCGAGUUCCCGGACCCCAACGACAUUCCGCCGCCGUCUGAGGACCAGUUGACCGAGGAGGUUCGAUAAUUAAAAAGGAUUUUGAUAAAUAAAUGUAAAACUCAUGUUCAGGACCUCUUCCGCAUGCGCUCUCUCACAAUCAACUCAAAAAAAGGACGUAAGUUCCAAAAUCUAGUGUUGAAUUUCAAAAAGACCGCUUAACAUCCACAAUUUCAGUUGCGGGCGGGGCGAGCGAAACAGCCGAACAAUCGAUAAUCUCGCUGGCGGAUUCCACGUCGAACUUUGACGAACACGUCGGCGACGACACCGAACUGGACUACGAGCUCGAGCAGGCGCCGGAGGGCUCCGAUCCGGGCGUGGACCCGGUCGCCGGACCGUUCCAUUUUGCCAAAAAGAGGGAUUUGGCGUUUGUGCCCAAUUCUAACACUGGUAAGCGGGAAUUUAGACGUAUUUCGAGCAAAAAACCUCCCAAAACAGAAAUCAGUUUGAUUACAGUUUUUUGAAACAGUAUUUUUCUCACAUUUUCUCCCUCUAUUUUUGUAAAAAUUCAACGAAAAUCCUCCUUUUUUCAGUGACGGUGCUGAAAUGGCCGUCGAACAUCCCGAUCCCGCCGCGCAAUCCGGUGCUGAGCGAUUCGGACGAGGAAUGGAAGCGGUCCUUGCAGGAGGCGACCGUCUACCUCAUCGGCACCGCCCACUUCUCGAAAGAGUCGCAGGAGGACGUGUCGAACACGAUCCGCGCCGUUCAGCCCGACUUUGUGAUGCUCGAGCUGUGUCCCUCGCGCAUUUCGAUCAUUUCGAUGGACGAGGCACGUCUUCUGCAGGAGGCCAGCGAUUUGAACUCACAGAAAAUCAUUCAGACCAUUAAACAGGUGCGUUGUUGCUUGAAAGACUGAAUUAACCAAGAAAUCGCAGAAUUUCAAUUUUAUUUCCAGAACGGCGCGAUCCAGGGCAUUCUGCACGUGCUCCUUCUCUCCAUGUCCGCCCACGUCACCCGGCAGCUCUCGAUGGCUCCGGGAGGCGAAUUCCGUGCCGCGCACAGAGCCGCCGUCGCUACUCAGGUGAGUACAAAGAACAGUCAGAAAAAGAAAUGCUCACAAUCUAAAUCUAAAUUCAAACUGAAAAUGAUUGCAGAACUGUCGUGUGGUGCUCGGGGACCGUCCGAUCCAAAUCACCCUUCAACGCGCUCUGGCGUCCCUGUCGAUCUGGCAAAAGCUGCGUUUCUUCAUCCACGUGGCAUUCUCGCACCGCGAGAAAAUCACGGCGGAAGAGGUGGAGCGGUGCAAACAAAAGGACCUGCUGGAGCAGUUGCUCGCCGAGAUGGCCGACGACUUUCCGCAACUGUCGCAGAUAUUCGUGGAGGAGCGCGACGCGUACAUGACCCACGCACUCCACACCCUGGUCAGCAGAAACGCCGUCGAGAAGAGGGCGCACUGGCUGAGGGGAACGACCGGAGUGCCGUUCCAGCCGCUGAGCAUCGUCGCCGUCGUCGGAAUCGGACACACGCCCGGAAUCACCGCCAAAUGGAAUACCGACAUCGACUUCGACCCGUUGACCGUCAUUCCGCCCCCGAGUUUUGGCACUAAGGUAUCCGGAAGUUUAUGGAAGUUGGGAAGUACUUUCUGAGAACCGCUUGAAGCUGUAAUUUCGAUUAGUGUUACUUUUAGGCCCUAAAAUUUAGGCAAUCGGGAGGGUCAUCCACGUUUUGUCUAUCAAAAUCCUCCUAUUUUUGCAGGUGUUCGCCACGUCAGUGCGUCUCGUGAUCUACGGAUCGCUCGGAUACUUGGCCUACCGCAGCGGACGCGCCAUUUUCAACCGCGUCAAUGCAUUCAUCGAGUCCCGUUAG